AUGGCAUUACUCCACCGCAUGUCAGGAGAGUGCAUCAAGUCUGAGUUGGACUUAUUUACGGUUCCUCUGACACAGACAGUUAUUGAGAAAAGCAGUUAUUUAGAAGUGCCUCCUUCAUCGGCUAUAUCGAACUCUUCACCUUUGGAGUUUUUUAUAGCGGGGAAUGGCGACGAUUAUGUCGACCUAAAUAACAUGCUGUUGUAUCUACGUCUUAAAAUCACGAAGCCUAACAGCGAAGAUUUACCAGCAGAUGCCAAGGUUGGCCUGAUAAAUUACCCCGGGGCUACUAUAUUUUCACAAGUCGACGUGAGCCUGGGCGAUCGUUUGAUAUCUCAGAGUUCGAGCACUUAUCCUUACCGUUGUAUCAUCGAGAGUCUGAUCAACUACAGUAAAGAUGCGCUGGAAUCGCUUUUCUCCGCAGGCUUGUUUUACAAAGACACAGCCGGCCAUAUGGUCGCGACUGACCCCGGCGGUCGCAACCAGGGGUUGGCAAAGAGGGCCGCCUACACAGCGAAUAGCAGAGUGGUGGAACUGUUGGCCCCCAUUCACAGUGAUAUUUUCUUUCAAGAAAAAUUUAUGAUGAAUAAUGUCGACAUAGAUGUCGCAAAGUAUCCCAUAGAUCGUGUUUGUCUAAAAAAUUUCUCCAUACCAGCAGGGUCCCGUGUUUCGAAUCAAGAAAAUUUGUUUUUAGGAACGCUACCAAAAUCUAUCGUCCUGGCUAUGGUCGAUAACGAUGCAUUCACAGGUGCCUACAAUAAAAACCCUUUUGCUUUCAAACAUUACAAUUUGGAGUUCCUAGCAGUCUACGUCGACGGACAGCAAUUUCCUGCCAAACCGCUACAACCGAAUUUUGAAUCUAGGGCCGCUGUACGAGAAUUUUAUCAACUGGCUAUGGCCUCUGGAAGACAUCUUAAAAACCAAGCGCUCUCUAUCGACAGGGAUGACUUUCUGAAUGGAUACACCCUUUACGCCUUCAACCUCACACCUGACGAAGAGUGCGGUCAGCACAUAUCGCUCAUCAAGUCUGGCAACAUCAGGCUCGAGGCACGCUUCCGACAACCGCUGCCACAGACUAUUAAUUUAUUAGUCUACGCAGUGUUCGAUAGUAUCAUUGAACUCUCUAACCGCAGACAGGUGCUGGUCGAUUACUAUUGA